AUGAAUAUUGUCUUGUUAAAAUAUACCAAAUAAGAACUCAGCCAAAGAGAGUAUAGACCUUCUGUAAGUAAAAACAACUAAAUAUAAAAUAGCAGUCUAAGCAGAGAGGGAAAGGAUACUUGAUUAAUUUGAAAAGAUUUCUUUAUAUUUAUAAUCAAAAUAUUACAGUAACUUAGAGAAUUAGCAGUUGGUGAUAAAAGUUUCAGUAUAGUAUUCUUAAAGUUCGAUGGCCUAUUUAACAUCUACGAAUAAAAUGAGAUUAUCUAAAUUGAUAAAAUUAAAAUAGGACUACAAAAGUAAUUCUAGCCUAAAAAUAGAAUGAUAAUCUCCUUCCUUGAAUUGAAAGGAAAUUCUUAUUUUAGAGGAGUAGAUUUAGAACUAAUAUUCAAUUAAAAGCCUUAUGAGAUCAGCAAAUUGAGGUAUAAAAUAGCCAAAUAAUAGGUAAUACACUGAGGUUGUGGAAGGAAUACUAAGGAAAUUUUAAAAUCCUCUAUAUUGUCAUCCUAUAAUUUUAGUUCUCAGCGUUUUUCUGUUGAGUUAUUUGGAGGAAGGAUAUGAAAUUAUUGGCUUAUGA